GUUUUCUUGACUAUUCCAGCUGUUCCCGUCAUACUGACGCUUGUUGUGCGCUCUUUAAGCGCUCGGUGCACUCGAAUCGUUUGUCAUUCUCCUCCACGAAGCGAUAGACAGUGAGCAAGAAGACUGAGCGAGAUACUGAGACAGAGACUGAGACGGAGAGAGUCGCAACCAAUGCAGGUCGCCGUGGUGCUGCUGCUGCUCUGCAUCAUCGCUGUGGCACCGUCUGCCUUCGCGCCUUUCGCUGCUGCGCUGCCCGCGACAGUCGCGUCCAACCUACCCGAGCAAGUCCAUGUUGUGUUUGGCGGGACUCGGCUGCUGCGACCGACGAGCUACGUCAUUCAGUUUGUAACGCUUGGCAACAACGCAGCAGCCUCGUUCGUCCAGUUCGGCCUCGCGCCAGACCCCGCAGCGCUGACGACGACCGUGCUGGGCGAGGACAUGCCAGUCCUGUUCACAGACGCGGACGGAGCAUCGUCAGAAGCAGCACCAUGUGCGCAACACGAGCGGUUUCUGCACUCGGUUGUUUUGAACGACCUUCCACAAGGCACCACCGUGUACUAUCGUGCUGCAUGCCAUGCGGACGGACCAUGGAGCGACGUCUUUGCGCUCAAAACGGUCAACCAUACCGCGCCUCGACUGGUGGCGUCCGUUUUUGGCGACAUGGGAUCUCAGAUGGACGUGACUUCUAUUCCCAUGCUCAUUCAAGACACCAAGGCUGGGGCGCACGAUCUCGUCAUUCACUAUGGCGACAUUGCCUACGGUCCUCCGAACGACUGCGGUGCGUCGAGCGACGGCUUUCUGAACGACAUCCAGCCUAUCGCUGCGAGUGUGCCGUACAUUUUCGGUGUUGGCAACCACGAGUCAGAGUCCGAAGCCGCCAACCACACUGCUCGGUACAAGUAUCACAACUUUCUCAUGCGCUACGGCGGGCAGCACGCCCUGGCGGCCGCCUCGGGCUCGUCCUCCAUUCGUUACUUUUCCUUCAAUGUUCAGCGCGUUCACUUUGUGUUGCUGGACACGGACGCAUGGGUUCUUCCCGAGGUUUGGUCGCUCGUCAAACCGCAGAUUCAGUUCCUGGAAAAGGACUUGGCCUCCGUCGACCGAUCCGAAACACCUUGGAUUGUGGUGAUGGGCCAUCGAGCCAUGUACUGCACGAAAGCCGCGGACGCCGAGUGCAACGACGAAGCCGAAGCCAUUCGGUAUGGGUUUGGCAACCCGCAGCAUGGCAUUGAGCGACUGCUGCUCCAAUAUGGCGUGGACCUGUACUUGUCUGGUCACACGCACCACUACAUGCGAACCCAUCCGGUUGCCCAGGGCAAGCUGAUCCAGCGCAGUUACGUCAAUUUCCGUGGCAAAGGAGUCGUGCAUGUCCAGAGCGGUGUUGGUGGCGUUGCCUCCCCAGAUCCCUUCACUGUUCCCCCACGUGAGUACGACGCCUUUUGGGACGCAAGCUACGCUCGCGGCUGGGCACGUUUGACGUUUUGGAACGACACCCACCUCGAAGUCGAGCAAUACAAUGCCGUCGACCACUCGCUGGUGGAUUCCUUCACCAUUGUUCAGAAUUCGUAUUUAUGAAUUGCAGUUUUUGCUUUCCCCGUAUAUUUCUCGCUUGUUUGUUGUG